CCUCUCUCCCUCUGUGUGUGCUCUCCCCCUCUCCGCUCCGGAGCCUGGCUGACUACCCACACCUGCGUCUCAUCAACCUCCAUCUCCGACCGCCACACCUGCCAGCUAUCAGCCUCAUCUCGACCAGUAUUUCUACCCCGGCUCUCCUCUCCAUCCCCGCUUGAUCGUUGUCGCUCCAGACUUGGUGCCACAGCUACUUUCAAGCUUUUUUAUGAACUUGUUCACGUCUAACUUCUUCGUCUCCUGUCACCCUGAACUAACCCUGUCGGUUUCCCCCACCAGGUCCACUCACCUCUGCCUCCCCGUUCGGCCAGCCGGGCUCGCCUACCUGCCUUCCCCUCUCACAUCGCGGAUCCGCCUCCAAACCGGCAGAUCCGUGUAACAGUCACGCCCGUUUUACUGCCCCGUUCCAGAUACGGCCCGCAUGUAGUCUGUGUACACUCAGGAGUGGGCGUGAGCAUCCAUCAGUCGGCGGAAUCAUAAUAGUUCUGGCCCGGACUCGUCGGGACGAGCGCGCGAACUGUUUCUUUGGAUCAGUUCGGACUGGAAGCUUUGGGGAAUGAGUUUAUAACGAGGCUAUACGGAAGAACCAAGCUGCUAGCAGCACAUCGGACAACAAAAUUAACCAGCACGCCAUCCGCUGGUUCAACCUGGCCUCUGACCGUGGAGGUGGCUGCAAAGAACGUGCCAUGGCCAGGGAGGCAUUAACCGUGAAAUGAACACAUCAGCCAUCCCCCCCACUCUUCCACUAAUGACUUGUUGGGUGUCAUGUGAGGGUUAUGGCAUUCCCACUUCUCCACUUGCCUCAUCAAUGUUUCCCGUAAAGCCACCAAACAAUGUACACAACUGUCAGCACAUACACUUGCAGCAUGAACCGUUCAACUGAGCUGUCUUCUUCAGAGGAAAUGGCUCCUGAGGAGUUUGACGGUGGGACAGCAGCAGCUUGUGUGAUCCUCGGCCUGUCCUUCCUGAUAGGAGCCCCGGGGAACCUGCUGGUGAUCUGGACUAUCCUGAGACAUGUGAAGCAGCGUUCCCAUACUGUAGUACUUAUCCUGCAUCUGGCUGCUGCUGACCUGUUGGUCCUCAUCACCCUGCCUUUAUGGAUCUACUCCCUGGUACACACCUGGGUGUUUGGAGAGGCAUUUUGCAAGGCCUUGGUGUACAUUGUCAAUGUGUGCAUGUUCAGCAGUGUCUUCUUUAUAACCCUUAUGGGUGUGGAGCGCUUUCUAGCCAUCUGUCAUCCAUUUGUUAUGAUGCGCUGGAAGUCCAAGAGCGUCAUGAACGGAUGUCUUGUACUUUUGUGGCUCCUUGCCUUGCUUCUAGGAGUGCCUGCUUUAUUGACCCAGUCUUUGGAUAAAAGCGAUGGAGCUGACCACUGUUUUACCAAGGAAUUCACAUCUGUGACUCAGGCGACCAUUUUCUUAUGUCUGGAGACCUUGGGGGGUUUUGUAGUUCCUUUUGUGAUCAUUAGUAUCUGUUACUGUCUAGUGGCUGCCCAGCUGAGAAAAAUGAGUUUCAACUCCAAACAGAAAUCCAUGGUUCUUGUGCAGGCUGUGGUGGUAGCCUUCAUACUGUGCUGGUUGCCUUACCAUAUCAUCAACAUUAUUGAUCUGGUUUGCACUCUUAGAUCAGGCACAGAAUUUGAAUGUAUCCCUGAGAGUCUCGUCUUUGGCUCUGGUGCCCUUGUUUUCAUUAGCAGUUCACUGAAUCCUGUGUUAUACACCCUGUUCGCAAGGAACUUACGAAAGAGUCUUGAGGCGUCCCGACUGGUCAGGCUGUUCCAGGAAAUGGCCACUCACACCAACAAACUCAGGGAGCUGGUAGUACAAGAACAGACUGGCCAGAGGGCAGCAAAUACACAGGUAGAGCUGAUAUCUGACUCUGUGUGAGAACCCUGACACUGUGAUGAUGGGAAAAUGUGACAUUUGUCUUCUGCAGUUAAUCAAGGGACUGUACUUUAUGAUGAAUUCCUAAUAGCCUGUAUGUGGCAAUGUGUUGUGAGUCAUAUCCUUAACAGAUACCAAACCCUCCUAUCCUUGUUUCACAUUUACCCUUGUACAUCAAUGCAAGCAAACACAUGACUGCAAUCUUUAUGUGUUUCUCAUGUUAAUUUUCAUGAUUUUCAUGUCAAUUUAUUGCUUUAUAGGCUACAUUGUGAAAACUUAAAAUUUUGAUAGGUUUCUGUAUCCUAUAAUGUGUUUUGUGUAUUACAAUUAAUGAGACAUCUGUUUUGUGACUGAAACAUUU